CAGGAGCCCAUGCUGGCCCCAGAGACCAGGCCGCUGAUCAGUGCGGAUGUGUAGACCCGUGGGUGACCGUCAUGACGCCGCCGAGAUCAGCCACACAUGGAGAAGAAGCAGCUGGAGAACGAUCUCCGGGUAAUGCCGCAGCCGGCGUUUCGUCCCGGGAUCCCUCCGGCGGCUGGGGCGAUUCAGCUCCUGGUUGAGGCGGGGACUGGAGCUGGCGGGACUCGGAGUUGGAGAGGCCCGGACUGGGGCGCGUCCGAUUUUUGGCCCAGACGCCGUGACGAUCAGAAGGAAUACAGGUCUCCAGCCAACAAGGACACCACCUGUCCGCCGCAAUGGUUAGGCAUGGAGCAUCUGAAGCUAGACGCCGCGAACACGAAGUCUUGGACAGCCAGGACAGCAUGUCGUCCUGAAGUUUGAGCAGGCAGAGUGCUGGAAAUGUAUCCAGUGGAGCUUCCGGCGAACUUUCAGUCUAUAAGAGAGUCUUCGGAUGCCGCUGACGGGCUCGGCCGGAUCCUGUCACACUGAGAGCUGUUGAACGGUCAGUGCCGUGGGGACAAGAAGAGAGAAGCACACGACGAGGCCAUGUUCAGGAGAGGAGCGACGCUGACGGACUUCAUAGUUGGGCGCGACAGCCCUCUGGCCGCAGGUGAGAGAAUGGGUCUCGUACUUCUUGACAGCGUCAAGGCACGUUGCUAUGAAGAGGGGUACGGACUGGCUGGACGAACUCGAGUGAAUCUACGCACCCUCAUGAAUGAAAAUAAGGGAUUCCGAAACCGUCAGGACUGCGAUACUACAGCUAGACAUGUCCGACGAGGGCAUCCUCCAGAAGUUUCAGGUGCCCUCCACUUCCAAGACGUUCGCCGCCUUCGACGAUGACGACGAGAUCAGCGAGCAGGACGGGGGCGGCUGUUCAGGACUUUUCGAGACCGACUACGACGAGGAUGGACUGACCACCAUACUGAUUUCCUUUGAAAACCAAGUCCUGGGAGAAGAAGAUGCAUUGCGAGUGUUUGCUGAGGUCACCGCCAACUUCCGACGCAAGGCAUGGCAGGAGCCGAGGCGAAUGGAAAACAACCGCUGGGUCGACCGGGCCUUUUUUGAUCGUGGUCGCGAUGGCGCGCCAG